CUUCCUUGGUUGUUUCUUUUACCAAUCGAAAGCUUUACUAUCUCGCAAACGGAUAAAGUUCAAUUAUUACACAAUAAACGAACUAACCAGUUAACCCAAAAUUCACUUAAUUCAUCAUCACAAAGACGUAAAAAUGAGCUCUGGUUAUUGUUGACCAGGGGGCACUUAUUACCUUUCAUAUGUUAAUGUAAAUGUAACAACAAUACAACAUUGAGGAGACAACGGGCAUUUCUUUACUAUUUGGUUUAUAUUCAAUUAAUUGAAUGUUUUUCUUUGUCAACAAUACAUAUCGACACUGGACUCUGGUCAUUGCUGGUCUCCUCUUUUGCCUCUAUUUUAUCAUCAAACCAGCUGAUACACCAGUCCGAGUCUCACUCUCACCAGAAUCUCCAGCAUUCAGUCCUGCCGUCCAACCGAUUAUCCUCCUGUGGACACCUGCCUUCGAUAGUGAUUCAUGGUGGGGAGCUACGAGUUUACCGUUAGGUUGUGAUUGUGUUGUCACUCGGAAUCGAAGUUUCUUGGCUCAAGCGAAAGUUGUAAUUUUCUACUGGCGGAACACUAAUCUCAAAGAUUUGCCUAAAUAUAAAUUUGAAGGUCAAACGUGGAUCUGGCAUCAUAUGGAAUCUCCAAUGAACACUUAUAGACGAUCUAGUUUAACCGCUUUCUCUAAUUACAUUGAUUGUUGGUCCAGUUAUCGAGCUGAUUCAGAUUUUCCAACUCCAUAUGGAACCAUUACCAAAAAUCAAUCUCAUGAAUCUCACAAAUCAGUUAGUGUUCCCUUUUCAAAGAAAAGUCGUAAUGUGGCCUGGAUGGUUUCCAAUUGUGGAGCUUCAUCGGGAAGAGAUGAAUAUGCUAAAGAGUUAGCUCGUUACAUUGAUGUUGACAUUUAUGGUGCUUGUGGUUCAUUUAAAUGUCCAAGUUCAAAAGGAUCAUAUUGUUACGAAUAUUUUGAGAAAAAGUAUCGAUACUAUCUGUCUUUCGAGAAUUCAAUUUGUUCCGAUUAUUAUACCGAGAAGAUAAUCAAUCUUCUUAAUUACACAGUCAUUCCCAUUGUUCUCGGUGGAGCCAAUUAUUCAUCAGUUUUACCAAAUCAUUCGUAUAUCGAUGCUCUUUCAUUUAAAUCACCUCGAUACUUGGCGAUGUUAUUACUGAGUUUAUCUGCCGACGAGAAAAGAUACAAUUCAUAUUUCGAGUGGAAAUCUCGCUAUACGAUCGACAAUAACGAUUAUCGGAUAGUUCUUUGCCAAAUAUGCUCCAGAUUGAAACAAUCAACCCAAAGUGGAUUUUCAUUUUCAUCAUCAACCAAAGAUCACCAUCAAUUAAGACGAUCAAAUGUAUUAUGUAACCGUCGACAUAAAGAUCUGGUUAGUUGGUGGUUCAAUGAAGGAUCAUGUAAAUCAUGGACUCCGAUAAAUUGAUUCAAAUUCUGGUCAUAGUCAUGCGAUUGAACUUGAAUUCACAAAGAAAAAGAUUUUCAGAAAACAGGGAGUUACGAGCUUUUCUGAUAGGAAAUACAUCGAGGAGAUUUAGAUUGUAACAAUCAAUUGGUCAUGGAUAUUUUUCAAUUAAUCUUUGGUUUCUUCUUCAUCUUCGUCCUCUUUAUUGUUCCCUGACUGUUUUGAUUUACCGGUCGCCUUGAUUUCCAAUGAUUGUGUACAUUUAUCAAGCCGAUUCAAUGUUGUCUUUCGAGCGCUUCUCACAUCUUCCCGUCCAUUUGAAUCGAUAUUAUCCAAUUUCAACAUGCACCUUGUUAGCAUUUCAUCCAGGUAUCUAUACUCUUUACCUUGAUAUUCUCCGUCAAACUUUUCCACCUCAGAUUCCAGUUGAUCGGCCUCACCAUCAAUCUCAGCGACCAUUUCCAGAGGAUCUUUUUUCAACCUCUUAACGUUGUUUACAUUUAAAGGAAGAGGAAAAGAAAGAAAAACUUGUAAUUAAAGAUCUUUAGUUUUGUUAAUUGUCUUUUUGUUUAAUAAUAAAUUAUAAUAAUGCAUUAAUUUUGCUUUUCCCUUAUCUUAAGAAAAAUUAACCGAAUCUCAAAUAUUAAUCGAAUAUUCGCCUUCUAAUCGCCGAGAGUUUUGAUCUGUUUUCUCGAGUCCACUUAAUCUAUAAGAUUAUCAAGUAAUCUCUUCAUUUUUUGGACCCAUAAUAAAGUCGAAGUCUAUUCUCUCUCUCUCUCUCUACUUUGUUUGUUUCUUUUUCCAGUCGAAAGCUUUACUAUCUCGCAAAUGGAUGAAGUUCAAUUAUUACACAAUAAACGAACUAACCAGUUAACCCAAAAUUCACUUAAUUCAUCACAAAGACGUAAAAAAUGGUUUAAACCAACAAACACCCUCUCAACUUGCCGCCUAUUCAACAUCAUUACUUUCACCUGCAAUUACAACCCGAAAUGUUGAAUCAAUCGGCUGAUAGAAAGUCAACUCAUCGAAAACAAUCGAUCUUUUCUGGGAAAGAUCGAUUUUUUGUUCUAUCGAAUGAUAAUCGAAAUGUUUUCAUCUGUUUCUCUAUAGAAAAGAAAAUUUUUGAAAAUUCAACCUUUAGAUUGGUGUUUAUUUUUUCCUAAUUAAUUAGUUGAUUGAUUUCUAGUUAAUUUAAUUAUCCUCUGGUCAUUUGGAUUUCUUAUUGGAGGUUAUUGUGAACCCGAUUCUUCAUUAAUCUUUCACAAGUUUGUGCUCUCAUUUUUUGGUGAAUAUUUUCAUUUAAUUCUAUCAUCAUGGUUAAAAUCACUGGUCCCAUUGUUGAUACACCAUCGGUUGUAUUUAAUGGAAAAGUUUACAAGAAGCAACUUGUUAAUUACAACAAGUUUAGUUUCCUUGAUUUUGAUUGGAGAGGCUUAGCCAGAUCUAAUUGGUAUAUGCGUUAUGUUUUCAUCUCUACGGUCUUUGUUGGACUUCCCUUGCAAUAUUAUUUCCAUCGAUUAGUGAACUCACCCGAAAAUAAGGCUUAUUGGGUCGCUAAACGUAAAGCCGAUCAUGAGAAAGAGCAGAAAAAAGAAUGGGAUGUCUAAUUUUGUUCACUUCUCAAGAGACAUUUAUCCGAUUUACCUGUUAACCAGAUUUAUCCCCAUUGUUCAUCAUCAAGGAAGAAAAUUGUAAUUCAAACUAAUGAAUUUUUAGAUCGUCUUGAGAAAAUUUAGAUUAAAACAACUAUAAAGUUGAAGUGAAUUACGUAUUUAA